UUCUAUUUUUCUCUCACUAAAACCAUCAGCGGCAGCUAUUCUCUCUCUACAUAUUUUGAGUUGGCAGCCGCCGUUGUUUCCGCCGGUAAUCCUCUCUUAUUCAUCUGAUUCAUUAUUUCUCUUUCUCUUCUUUGUUUUCGUUCGUUUGCUUGAGAAUCGGAGAAUUCUCUCUCCACCGUCGAGAUCCGCCACCACUGACGUCAUUCGAGGCGGAUAGGUUUUACAUUUUUUAAUCUUAUUUUUCUUUCGGUUACCACAGUUUUUUUAUAUAUCUGAUCUGCUUGAACGAAAAACAGGAUCGAAUUAGUGCAUUUAGGUAGUUUAUGCUUUUGGUUUUAGGCACUGAUCAGAAAAGUGAAAUCAUAGGAGGUGUGUUAGAAUGGCUGGAGGGUCGGCUUUUGAUGCUCUUGCUGAUGAUGAUGAUCGGAUGGAAGUGAAUGAUGAGGAUGUGGUCGCUAAAGCUUUGAAAGGCAAAAAGAAGAAGUCUAAAGGGGGAAAGAAGGGUGGAAAUAGGUUUGCAGCGGCUGCACUUGAUGAAUUUGAUGAGGAUUUCAGUGAGAAAGUCGAUGAGAUGAAAGCCGAGGAAGAAGAUGUUCCUUCAAUUUCUUUCUCGGAUAAGAAAAAGAAAUCCAAAUCGACAAAGAAGAGUGGGAAAGCUAUUGGAGGGUCAGCUUUUGAUGCAAUUGCUGCUGAAGAUGAUGAUGGGGAGGUUGUUGAUGAUGGUGGUGAUGUUUCAAAGGAAGAGAGCAAGGUUGAGGUUGAUGAUGAUGAUGGUGAUGAUUUGAUUGCUAAGGCUUUCGCGGGAAAAAAGAAGUCCAAGGGUGGAAAAAAGGGCGGUGGAAGUAGGUUCACUGCCACGGUACUUGAUGAGCUUGGUGAUGAAGGCGGCGUCAAAGAGGAUGUGGAAGAUGAUGUUCCUGUGUUUCCUUCAUCAGAUAAGAAAAAGAAGUCGAAGUCUGCUAGGAAGGUUGGUAAUCCAUUCAGUGCCGCCGCACUUGAUGAAGUUGAAAGCGAUUCGGAGUUGAAAGAGGAUGAGGAAGAUGAUGUUGCUUCUUUUUCUUUCUCAGAUAAGAAAAAGAAGUCGAAAUCAAAGUCUUCUAAGAAGAGUGGUAAUUCUUUCAGUGCAGCAUUGCUUGAUGACGAAGAUGAAGGAGAUGCUUCGGUAUCUGAAUCCACUGGUGCUGCUGCUAUUGAUGAUUAUGAUGACGAUACUUCCAUGGUUGCAUUUUCAGGUAAGAAAAAGAAGUCAUCCAAGAAGAAAAGUAGUGCCGCAUUUGCAGCCUUGGGUGAUGAGGCAGGGCAGCAAAGUGAAGUUUCAGACAUGGUUGAAACCGAACUAUCAAGUUUAGGAACUAGUAAUGUUGAAGCUGUUGAUUCUAAAACCAACAACAAGAGUGAAGAGGCUGUGGAAACCUCGAAGAACAAGAAGAAGAAUAAGAAGAAGAAUAAGAGUGGAAGGACUGAACAAGAGGAGGAAGAUUUGGAUAAAAUUCUUGCUGAACUUGGUGAGGGGCCUGCCGUAGCAAAACCCACAACAGCAGCCCCUCCCCAGGAGGAGAAAGCCCAGGUUCAGCCAGAGCCAGAGCCAGUUAUAGCUGCUGAUGCCACAGGUGAGAAAGAAGGUGAGGAUGAACCUGCAGAGUCUGCUGCAGCAAAGAAGAAGAAAAAAAAGAAGGAAAAGGAAAAGGAGAAGAAGGCAGCUGCAGCAGCUGCUGCAGCUGAGGUUAAGGAAGAGGAAACGAAAAUAGAGACCUCUGAUACCAAAAAGAAAGAUGCUAAGAGUAAAGCUGCUGACAAGAAACUACCGAAGCAUGUUAGGGAGAUGCAGGAGGCACUUGCUAGGAGAAAAGAAGCGGAAGAGAGGAAGAAAAAGGAAGAAGAGGAGAGGUUGAGGAAGGAAGAAGAAGAGCGACGUCGACAAGAAGAGCUCGAGCAACAAGCAGAGGAGGCUAAGCGUAGGAAGAAGGAAAGGGAAAAGGAGAAGCUCUUAAAGAAGAAGCAGGAAGGGAAGUUGUUGACUGGGAAGCAAAAGGAAGAAGCUCGCCGCCGGGAGGCAAUGAGGAACCAGAUAUUGGCCAAUGCAGGAGGCUUUUCUUUGCCUACUGCAGACAAAGAAGGUGCACCUACAAAACGACCUAUAUAUCAGACAAAGAAGUCUAAACCAGCUCAUCAUGCUAAUGGUGCUGCUUCUACUAAGCCGGAGGAAAAUAUUCAAUCAAAGGCAAAAGAGCAAGAAGAGUCGGAAACCAAGGUCGAGUUGGAGUCAGUGUAUGAUGAGAAGGUUGAUGAAGUAGAAUCAAAUAACACAGAAGAUAAUUCUGUAGUUGCAGAUGCUGCUGAAGGGAAUGGAAUGGAAGAAGAAGAAGAUGAUGAUGAUGAUGGUGAAUGGGAUGAAAAGAGUUGGGAUGAUGUUAAUCUUAAUAUCAAGGGUGCCUUUGAUGAUGAAGAAGCUGAUUCUGUGCCCAAGCCUGCAGUGCAGAAAGAUAUAAAGAGCGCUCCACUGGCUUCACGGAAUGCAGCCUCUCCUGCAGUUGCCAAGCCAAUGGUUGAGGCCAAGAAACCGGUGACUUCCCAACCAAAUACAUCUCAGCCUGAAGUUAAAUCUACAGACAAGAACUUGAAGAAAAAUACUGCUGUGCAAAAUAAGGUACCAAAAUCAGAUGCUUCUCCUAAGCAGAGUGAAGACCUUCGGUCCCCAAUUUGCUGCAUUAUGGGGCAUGUUGAUACUGGUAAAACAAAGCUGCUGGAUUGCAUCCGAGGCACUAAUGUUCAGGAAGGUGAGGCUGGUGGUAUUACACAACAGAUUGGUGCAACAUAUUUUCCUGCUGCUAACAUACGGGAGAGAACAAAGGAAUUGAAGGCUGAUGCCACAUUGAAGGUUCCGGGCUUAUUAGUUAUUGAUACCCCUGGUCACGAAUCCUUUACAAAUCUUCGGUCAAGGGGAUCAGGGUUAUGUGAUAUUGCCAUUUUGGUUGUCGACAUUAUGCAUGGUUUAGAGCCACAGACAAUAGAGUCCCUCAAUCUUCUGAAAAUGAGGAAAACUGAGUUUAUUAUUGCAUUGAAUAAGGUAGACAGGCUUUAUGACUGGAAAGCUCGCCGCAAUUCACCAAUUGGGAUGACACUUAAGAAACAAACUAAAGAUGUUCUAUCCGAAUUCAAUAGGAGAGUUACACAUGUUAUAACUCAGUUCAAGGAGCAAGGGUUGAAUACUGAAUUGUAUUACAAAAAUAGGGAGAUGGGUGAAACUUUCAGCAUUGUGCCUACAAGUGCAGUCACUGGAGAAGGCAUCCCAGAUUUGUUAUUAUUACUGGUCCAGUGGACCCAGAAAACAAUGGUUGAAAAACUUACAUUCAGUGAUGAAGUGCAGUGUACGGUCUUGGAAGUGAAGGUCAUUGAAGGGCUUGGGACAACUAUUGAUGUUGUGUUGGUUAAUGGUGUUCUUCAUGAAGGAGAUCAAAUUGUGGUUUGUGGCUUGCAGGGCCCUAUCGUCACCACUAUCAGAGCAUUGUUGACACCCCACCCUAUGAAGGAAAUCCGAGUGAAGGGAGCGUAUUUGCAGCACAAGGAGAUCAAAGCAGCACAGGGUAUCAAGAUUGCUGCACAGGGCCUUGAGCAUGCUAUUGCUGGCACUAGCAUCUAUGUUGUAGGUCCUGAUGAUGAUUUGGAAGAUAUCAAAGAGGCAGCAAAGGAAGAUAUGCAGUCAGUCAUGAGUAGGAUUGACAAAAGCGGGGAAGGGGUUUACGUACAAGCUUCUACCCUUGGCUCUUUGGAAGCGCUGCUGGAAUUUCUGAAAACUCCGGAAGUAAAUAUUCCUGUUAGUGGUAUAGGCUUAGGCCCUGUGCACAAAAAAGAUGUAAUGAAAGCCAGUGUCAUGCUUGAAAAGAAAAAUGAGUAUGCUACUAUUUUGGCUUUUGACGUCAAGGUGACCCCGGAGGCACGAGAACUAGCAGAUGAAUUGGGUGUGAGGAUUUUUAUUGCUGAUAUCAUUUAUCACUUAUUCGACCAAUUCAAAGCAUAUAUUGAUGGUCUUAAAGAGGAGAGAAAGAGGGAAGCAGCGGAUGAAGCAGUCUUCCCUUGUGUUUUGAAGAUUUUACCUAACUGCAUUUUCAACAAGAAGGAUCCAAUUGUCUUGGGGGUGGAUAUCCUUGAAGGCAUUUUAAGGGUUGGGACGCCAAUUUGUAUUCCUCAAAGAGAAUUCAUUGAUAUUGGUCGAAUAGCUUCGAUUGAGAAUAACCAUAGACCAGUUGAUUCUGCCAAGAAAGGCCAGAAGGUAGCCAUCAAGAUAGUUGGAUCCAAUACCGAGGAGCAACAGAAAAUGUAUGGAAGGCAUUUUGAGCUUGAAGAUGAGCUUGUUAGUCAUAUUUCUAGAAGAUCGAUCGAUAUUCUCAAAGCUAAUUAUAGGGAUGAUCUGACCCUUGAUGAAUGGAGGUUGGUUCAAAGGCUGAAGAUCCUCUUCAAAAUUCCUUGAACAUCACGACUAAAUGGACUGGAGCUGUGUUGCUGGUAAGCGGUAAAUUACCGUUGUUUGUUUGGCUUGAGGAAAAAAACAGGGAAAAGGGGUUUCAUGUCGAAAUUACUGUAAAGUUACAAAUUUUGAUGUCGAUUUUACGGUGGGACGAGUUCCUGAUCGAGUUUUGAACGGGUUGUUUAUAACGGGGAUGCUACAAUCUUCACUUGGUCCUGGUUCAAAAAUGGACAUUGAAUUGCAUACAAAUAUAUCCCAUAAACUUACUACUUUGGGGCUUUUGCUUUGUUAAGAUAAUUUAUUUUUGGGUCUAAUAUUAUGAGAUGAGUAAUAAAGGAAAAGAAUAUCAUUUGCUUUCGUUCGA